AUGCAGCGUUGGUUGGAAGGACCAGUCCGCGCCAACAAGGAUGUUCUGACCUUGGUGAGGAGCUACCACGAGAAGGUGAUACGGCCUCAGACGUAUCAUCUGGUGCUUCAGCUGGAAACAGCCCUGGCCAAGGUGGGGGACGAUCUCUUCAAGACGAAGCAGCAGUUUGAGUGGAUGGCCGCGGAGAACAGGGCCUCGCAGAAGCACAGCUGUGCCCUGCAGAUCAUCACGAGUGGGUGGCCGCAGGGCAUGGCUCCACCAAACCGCCUCUUCCAGAUCACGUGGAUGCUACAGCAGGUGCCGAAGGUUCGAACUUUUUUGGAGACGAGGGGGUUCAUCACUGAACACACCGCCUUCGAACUUCGGUCGUCGGGUACACCUUUGUACUCAGCCCCAAUUCGAGUCCUGCUCCACGUGCUGAAUAAGCACGCAGAACACACCGGCAAAAGCUUGGUAAUCCCAUGGAAGACACUGACCCUAAUGGAGCCAAGCAAUGAUCGGGGCUUCAAUGGCGACGUGGUGGCAUGGGCACGGCUCUUUUACGCCGAAGUGGAUGGGAGUUUUGGUGGUCGUCUUGAGAUCACACCGCCCAUGAAGGAUGCUAUGGCUUCGCCUUCUACCAUGGUGCGCCCCGAGGGGGACAGCGACCCGGACCUCUGGACAGAAUGCUGGAACGACACUAUGUGGGGGGCCCAGUACGAUCUGGCUAGAGCAGAGUCAGCGGCACACAAGGCCCCCCGUGACCAGACCGCCCUCACAGGCAAGGGGAUCCAGAAAGGCAAAGGCCGCAAGCAUUGGUCGCAGACCAUGGUCCACAACGACUCCUUCAUGCCGUAUCCCUUCACCUUGGAUGUGGUUACCUGUGACCACAUCGCUUUCUGUUGGGACGAGUGCUGUCAGAAGGUUGGGAAGCCAGAGGAGUGUGCGGGUGACCUUGGGUGCUCUACCUACCAAGGCAAGCCUGCAGUGCCGCCACCAGUUGGAGAUGCAGAGAUGGCAGAGCCGGACGACCAGACCACACCGCACACCACCUUUGGUGGCAAGGGCGCGGCAGCAUCUGGAAAGUGA